GUGAGUGGCAGUCGGGAUCUUCACUGACCCUGACCACAGCCUUGCCAAGCCUGCGUCAUAUUUCGGCGGCAAGGCUGCGCUUCAAACAUUUUGUCUUCGCGAACAUCUCAUCGUCGCCGAACAUUUAUUGACAUCGCACUACAGUCAUGCAGCAGUUCACCAGGUUGACGCAACGGCUCUCCUCGAGCAGGACUCCUGUUGUCAAGGCCAUCCAACCACAUAUCCGCCAAAGAUCAACAUUAGCAGCUACAUCGUUUGUGCCUCGAUGGCCUCUUCUUCGACGAUACCUUGCCACAUCUGUCAGACACCAGAAUUCUUCGCUCUCUGUUCCAGGGACACCGCUUCAAGCAGCUCUCUCUCGUGACGAGCCUUCGUAUCAGUUGAGCUUCACUUGCAAGCCCUGUCUUCACCGGUCCAGUCAUCGUGUGACCAAGCACGGCUAUCACCAUGGCACCGUCCUUGUCACUUGCCCUUCCUGCAAAGCGCGCCACGUUAUAGCAGACCACCUGAAAGUGUUCCUUGAUGAGAAAAAGACCCUGGAAGAUAUUCUUAAAGACAAGCUAGCGAAUGGCGAGGAUUUCACGAAGUUGUUGAAGAAGGGUCGAUUAGGGAUACGUCCGGGUGCCAUUGUCGCCAAUGAAGGGGAAGAAGAUCUUGAAUUUUGGGAGGAUGGCACCGAGACCACCCACACGCCUCUGAACAACGAGAAGACUACGCAGCAACAGACACCUCAGACUUGAGCACUUCCUGUCCAGACGGACGGGCCGUCACCCAAAACAAAGGGGCACACAAGACCGCCGAAUGACCGACGAGAUGGCAGUAACAAA